CUGAAUGCUGUUAUUAACAAUUCUAAAGAAUUUAGUAACACCCUGAUGUGUACAGUACAGACACUCUGCCUUAAAGAGCUUCAUCAUUUUGUUCAGGAGUAUGUGCAUGCAGAGAAAAAAUGUCUGGGAAAACAGAAACCCCUGAACUCAAAAUAUGUGCAUCUGUUUCGGCUCAUCAGCACCAGUAGGCAACUCAGAUUUUUUGCUGAUCGACUCAACAAUCCGGAUAUAAACAACAGUAACAACCUCUCAAACAUCAUUCACAUGUUAGAGGAGCUGGAGGAUCACGUUCUGUCAGUUGUACAGAAGAUGAUGAAACGCUUAGCAAAGGGCUAUUUAAGACAUUAUUUCAAAAAAGAUGGUGAGCAAAUUCAAAUGCUGACAGAAGCGGUUCAGAAGCAGUGUGCAUCUCUGCCUCAGACUGAUGUGGGAAAAGAGAUUCAGGAGAUCUUUGUGAAUGUAGCCUAUGACUGCAUUUCACACGUAUAUCUGGAUUGCCUGAUGAAGAGCAAGUUCAGGCGGCUAGAGAGGAGAUGGGGAAAUGUUGGAGAAAGGACGAGAGAAGACGCUCUCAGUUUUCACAACACAUUUAAUGAACUGAGCGACAGUGAUGACCAGAGGAACCAUCUCCUUCAGAGAAUGAGUGAAGUUUUGCUCUGCAGUGAUGUAGAUGCACUGAAGAUUACCUGUUGUGAUUUAUUCAGGGAUUUCCCUCAGGACAGUGAGCAGUAUGUACCUGGUCUGCUGCGCUGGAAGGGUGUGUUAUCAGAGCGACAGGUGAGGGAAGUGCUGGAUUUGAGCCGGGAUCUGGGUCUAGAUCUGAAGCCUAUGAAGGGACUUUGCUGUUGUCUUUGAUGUGAAUAACACCAUCAGCCAGAUUUGUGAAACCUUUGUUUACAAAUUUAAAUUGAUGAGAUGACUUUUGUGAACAUUAGUGAACAUUAGUUGUUUAUACGGGUACAUUUAUAUUUUAAUCAGAUACAAUAUUUUUUGUACCUAUAAUGAUCUUUUGAUUUUACUUGAAAAUAGGAUAUAAUUUUAUUAUUUGACCACCUGGAAAAAAAAUGUAUGACCCUGUUUGGUAUGUCUUUUCUAUGAUAGUGUAAUACAUUUUGACUGCUAUAAAGUCAAAUUUAAGUAUGGAAUUAAGUGAAAUCGACUUAAAUUAUGUGAAAUUCGCUAAGGAAAUAAGUAAAUUUAACAUGGCCAGUUAGAGUUUGAUGAGUCAUUUCUUCUUAAUUAUUGCAAGUACUCAAGUACUUUCAUUCAGUCGUAACUUUAUUCAAACAAUAUAGCACUGAAAAAAAACUAUGCUAUUAUGAAUAGCAUGAUGAUACUAAUAUAGAAUUUCCUUUUUUUUUUGUCUGAACCAAAUUAAUGUAGAAAUUACAUUUGUUUUUCCGUAGCAUUUACUUGUCCACAAAAUAAUUUUUAUCAGUGAGGAUUGUAAAACAUGUCCAGUUAUUUCUUAAAUUAUUGUUGUAUUAUUUAAUAUUUAUAUUGGUUGUGUUUUUGUUUUUUAUUCUUAUUUGAAAAUAGGAGGAGUGUUUCUUUUAUGUAAGAUAAUUUUA